CGACUGUCGAACAUUAAUAAUGGCCAAGUUUUGCGCAAACAUCUCUUUCAUGUUCAAUAAUAUGCCUUUAGUGGAUAGAUAUGUGGCUGCAAAGAAUGCAGGUUUUAAAGCUGUGGAGUCAGGAUUUCCUUUUAACUACAGUCUGGAUUUAAUGUUGUUAGCUAAAAGUAAUGCUGACAUUGAACAGGUGUUGAUAAACACGUAUACAGGUGAUGUGACAAAAGGAGAGAUGGGAUUUGCUGCAAUUCCAGGUAAAACACCGGAAUUUAGAAAGAGCAUGGAAAAAACAAUAACAUAUGCUAAAGCCCUUAAAGUGAAAAAAAUUCACAUCAUGGCUGGAAAUGUGGCAAAACCAACACCUAAAAAUGAUGUCUGCUACAUAGAGAACCUAAGGAUGGCAGCUAAAAUGUUAGAGGCUAAUAACAUUAUGGGUGUUAUUGAACCCAUUAAUAACCACACAGUUCCUGAUUAUUACUUAAACUCUUAUGAGAAAGCUACUGAUGUUGUUAAAUGUAUUGACAGUCCUAACUUAAAGAUCAUGUUGGACUUGUUUCAUAUGCAGAAAAUUUGUGGUAAUCUAACCAUGACUAUCGAAAAGUUGGUACCAUAUACGGGACACGUUCAAAUUGCUCAGAGCCCGGACCGUCAUGAGCCAGAUAGUCCAGGAGAAAUAAAUUACCCUUAUGUUCUGGACGUUCUCAGGAAGGCCGGAUAUAAUGACUGGAUAGGCUUAGAGUACAAACCUGCUGGAGACCUUGUAUCAGGGUUGAAAUGGAUCCAAUCAUUUGGAUAUGAAUUGUAAAAUAGUCAGUUUAAAUAAAUGUUUCUAUUUAUAAGUUAAAAAA